CUCAGAUCCAAACACAGCCCAGUUUUGGGUCCCCCUUUUUUUCUAAGCCAGCUGGUCUGGCUUAACAGCAUUUCUUUCCUUUUCUGUCUUUUUUAUAUUUUUCCAGCUUUUUCUUGUUUGAUACAAGGGACUGACUGAGCAGAGCCACAGCUGGAGCUGUUGGGGAACCUUCCAGGUGAAGACCGAAGCAGAAGAAUAUACCGGUGCUGGCGCGCGCGUGGUCCAGGAUUGGAGACUCGUUGAUGGACUGAACUGAACCGCUGGACGGAGACGAGAGGACGUGCAGGACGGACCAGAGAAGCCAGCCAAAGUGAGAAACGGUGACGACCUGGAAGUCGAAAGAAGAAGGAGACGUUUGUGAAAAAGAGGAAAAAGCGACAGAAAGGACAAGAAAGAUGGGGAGAAAAAAGAUUCAGAUAGCACGGAUUAUGGACGAGCGAAACAGACAUGUCACAUUCACCAAGCGAAAGUUUGGCCUGAUGAAGAAAGCGUACGAGCUGAGCGUGUUGUGCGACUGUGAAAUCGCCCUCAUCAUCUUCAACAGCACCAACAAGCUGUUUCAGUAUGCCAGCACCGACAUGGACAAGGUUCUGCUCAAAUACACUGAAUACAACGAGCCUCACGAGAGCAGGACCAACUCUGACAUCGUGGAUACGCUGCGUAAGAAGGGCUUAAACGGCUGCGACAGCCCCGACAUCGAGGCUGACGACUCUGCUGGCCAGAGCCCAGAGUCUGAGGACAAGUACCGCAAAAUCAACGAGGACAUCGACCUGAUGAUCAACAGACAGAGGAACUGUCAGGGUCUGCCUCCUUCCAACUAUGACAUGGGCGUGACCAUCCCGGGCAACAAUGCCAGUGGACUGCUGUACUCCCACACGGGCAUAGGGGGCAGUCUCGGCAACCACAACCUGCUGCCCAUGUCCCACACUCUCCCGUCCCUGCAGAGAAACAGCAUGUCCCCACAAAGACCCUCAAGCACUGGAAAUGUUGUACUGAUGGGUUCAGAGCUGCCCAGCACUGUGGUCUCCACUGUGGGAAACGGCAGCUACAGUAACCACUGCACCUCCCCGGGCCUGCUGUCUCAGGGAGGAGUCUCCAAAAACAUGCACGACAAGAGUCCACCUCCUCCCCAAAUGCACAUGAGCCGCAAGCCUGACCUCCGAGCCCUGAUGCCCCCCUCCCACAAGAGCAACAACAUGCCAAGUGUUUGUGAGGACUUUGACCUCGUGUUGAAUCAGAGAAUCAAUCACUCUCAAACGGCUCAAACGCUGUCGACUCCUGCCGUCUCCAUUGCUGCUCAGACUCUACCUGGACCAGGGAUGGGCGGGUAUCCAUCAACACUCACCUCCUCCUACGGCACAGAGUUCUCGCUGGGAACCGACCUGUCCUCUCUGUCGGGCUUUGGAGGUUCUGGUCUGGGAUCUGUGACAAACUGGCAGCAUCAGCAGAUCCAGAAUAUGCAGCAUCCAGCACUUGGACACAUGGGGAACUUGUGUCAGAACUCGAACCUGAACCUCACCUCCGCUCAUCAGAACCUGCACAUUAAAUCUGAGCCCGCCUCCCCUCCCACGGACCGCAGCAUCGGCAUGGUCGGCGGAUUCUCCAGCCGGGGGCCCAGCGACCCGGGCCGCUCCCCCGGCGACAGCGGCUCCAGCUGCGGGAGCUCGUACGAAGGCAACGAGGAGCGCGAAGAUUAUCACGGCAGUGACGACUUCCUCCUCCGACCUCUGUCCACUCAGGACGAGCACCACAGCCCGUCAGUCAAACGGAUGAGGCUAUCAGAGGGCUGGGCCACAUGAUGGGGGCCGGUCCACAACCAGAGGGGAAGGGAUGUUAGUAAAGUUACCUUAUAGUGUUAUUAUUAUAAUUAUUAUAAUCCAAUUCUUCUUGUACUGAGUGGGUGUGUUAUGUGUUUAAUGGUAACAUGAGUCAGACAGGGUCAGUCUGUUCCUAUCAUACAGUGAUGUAUUUAUAAUAUGUACACUAGAGUCUAUGACUGUGACUCUUGGGAGAUUAGGACAGGGAAAACAAUCUUGUAAGAAAUGGUCUGUAGUUUUGUAGCUAAGCUUCAAAACUUUACAAAAACAUCUCAGAGGAAAGGAAAAUGUAGGAGCUUUGGCGCUCGAUUGUUCUCGGAUGAUUUGACACAGUUGAAGUCAAAUGAAAAGUUCUGAGAAGUAAAUAUUGACACUACAGCGAGGUCAGUUAGCUCAGCUUAGCACAAAGAAUGUAAACGGAGAUAAAAACCUGGUCCUGGAAUAACUGGAAUAAUAAUGAAUAAAUAAAAAUAAAUCACUUGCACGUUGAUGAGCCAGAUCACAUGUUAAAGUCACUCACAAGAGACCUUACUAAUUAUUCACCAGUAGUAAGAGCAGUAUGAACUAUGAUGCAGUAAACAUGGCCGAUGAGAACAAUUCUGAUGUAUCAAUAAGCAGCUGGACAUUUGGUGCCGCUAUCGAUACUUAUUUUUAUUCUAAUCUAGAUUUGGAAUUGGAAAAUGUAGCAAAUGUCUCUGUUUACCUUUGGCCUCCCUUUGCUAACUUGAAAUUAUCCAUAGGUAUUGAUAAGUAUCAGUAUCGAUAAUCAUCAGUAUACAUAAGUAUCAGUAUCGAUAAGCAUCAGUAUACAUAAGUAUCAGUAUCGAUAAGCAUCAGUAUACAUAAG